GCGGCCGCGGCCCGGCCCGGCGUCAUGGCGGCGGCGGUGGCGCCCGGCCCGCUCCCGCCCGGCGCCCGCGCUCCGGAGAUCGACCCUGCGGCCUCGGAGGUAGCGAGCAGCGCCCUGCGCUGUCUGGCCGGGCUGGCGGGGCAGCUUAAUCUCGGAGAGGAUAUUGUGAAAGUUGUAAUCGAUUGGAGCAAGCUUCAGAGCACAUCAGCACUUCAGCCAGCCUUGCUCUUUAGUGCACUUCAGCAGCAUAUUUUAUGUUUACAGCCUCUCUUAGAAAAACUCCAGUCAUUGAUGAAAGAGGAAAAUAUAGACCAUAUUGGACCUGCAGGUAAAACAGAAAGCCAAACAAGUUUAGAUGUUCAUGAUGGUAACAGUCAGACUGAAGAAAAAUAUGGAAGUUAUGACUUGAGAGAUCUGAAGGAUGCUCAUUUUAAUUUUGAUCCAGAAGUGGUCCAAAUAAAAGCUGGAAAAGCAGAAAUUGACAGGCGGAUAUCAGCUUUCAUUGAGAGGAAACAAGCCGAGAUCAAUGAAAAUAAUGUCAGGGAAUUUUGCAACGUUAUUGAUUGUAAUCAAGAAAAUAGCUGUGCCAGAACAGAUGCAAUUUUCACACCCUAUCCUGGAUUUAAAAGUCAUAUAAAGGUUUCUAGAGUAGUAAAUACUUACGGACCUCAGACUAGAUCUGAAGGAACGCAUGGGUCCAGUCACAAAGCCAGCGUACCCAUGCAUGAUUGUGGAAACCAAGCUGUUGAGGAGAGAUUGCAAAACAUUGAAGCACACUUACGGUUACAAACAGGUGGUCCAGUACCAAGAGACAUUUAUCAGAGAAUUAAGAAGCUUGAAGAUAAAAUCCUUGAGCUGGAAGGACUGUCUCCUGAAUAUUUUCAAUCUGUAAAAUGUUUGUGGUCUUCUGUCAGUGCAACAUUAAGUCUGUUUUGGUUGUCUUUUCUUCAGAGCUGUUCUGGCAAGAGGAGAAAGGUUCAAUCUCCCCAUCAGAGCUAUUCACUGGCUGAACUUGAUGAAAAGAUCAAUGCUAUAAAACAGGCAUUACUGAGGAAAACAAAAGAAAGCAAGUCCAAGGAGGCUGAGCAGUUUCUUCGAUAAAGGUGUUUUCAGAAUCCUCAUCAUCAUGAUUUACACAUACCUAUACCAUAGACCUGAGUAGUGUUCAUCAGAGAUGACUAGCAAUGGAGACAAAGCAUGCAUAUAAGCUCCUUUUGGACCUUGAAAGCUUUCUUUCAGAGUAACUUGUUUAAAAGCAGCUUUAUUAAUGAAAUACUUCAAAAUUAAGAAUGUUUCAGGAGUGUCAUUUUAAUAAUCCGUUCCCUUCUGUUAUAAAGGAGGACUGCAGCAUUGUUUGUAUGUGAAAAGUUUUAACCUGCACACAAAAGCUACAUCUCACAUGUAAUUCUUGGUGACUAAGUAUUCAAAAGGACUAUCUUUUGUAUACUGUUCAUGUAAGUAGUUUGCAUAGACUUGUGAAAUUAAAUUAAAUAUUUCCUCAGAAGUCAAGUGACUUGGGGAAAAAAAUUACCAAAACCUUGUGGAAUGCAUGCUUACCUGUGGGGUUUUUUCUGUAUCUAUCACUGUUUUCACUGCUGUUAAUACAGCAAAUUGCGUUUCUAUGUGACAGGUGUUUAUGGAAAUCCUAUAUGUGUAAAUAAAAACAACUGUUCUUUACUUUUUCAGUGUCUCGUGGGAAUUCAAAUUUCAUAACCUAUUCACAAACAAUAUAUUCUAAAAAACCAUCCCAGGGGAGAUUUUGAGGAGCAUGCCAGCAGGGCAGCAACUUUCCUUCCAUAUGCAUACUUACAUGACUUUUGAAACGUGGAUGCUAGCCUAAAGUCAGACCUUUGGCCAGACAGUGAAGAGAGAUUGUGUUGUGACUUUUUGAUUGGUUUUGUUUGUUUGUUUGUUUUUUAAUAAACCAUUUUCUAUUUA